AUAUAUCAGAUCUCUGUCGACGGUCGGACAUCAGUAGAUCCAAGUUUGUCGUCGAACGGUUACAUUUUAAUAUCAUUUUUGCACUGCAUGAAUGAACACCGCCCGCAAAACAUCAUCAUAAUAAUAAUAAUAUUUAUUUAUCAUGGCUGUUAUAAGAUGUGACGUUGCGCUGGUCACCCUGUGGUGUCUGCUGUGCGCGAUUUCCAAAACGACUCUAUCCUCCGCAUCCGUUGUCAAAUUGCCCAAAGGAUUCAUUGCGUGCAAAAAAGAUGACCCAGGCGUCAACACGUGUAUUCAACAAGCACUGCAAACAGCUGUACCACAUUUAGUCAAAGGAAUACCAAGUUUGGGGCUAAUACCAAUUGAUCCUUUAAUAAUAUCGCAAAUGGAUAUAAUUCAAGGUACAUCUAAUGGUCCCUUAGACAUCAAACUAAGCUUCAAAGACCUUUAUAUACAUAAUAUUGGGUCUAUUAAGAUAACAUCAAUGAAAUCGAAUAUAAACAAUUAUACAUUUAAUCUCAAAGCCGAUUUUGAUGAACCACUUGUACUCGAAGGCAUGUACAAUAUACAAGGAAAAAUUAUCAUUCUACCGAUAAUAGGUGAAGGAAAAAGCAAUUUAACCCUAGCUGCAUUGAAAGUAUCAAUUGACAUAAAUGGUAAACCAGUUACAAGGAGAGGUGAUGAGUAUAUGGAAUUAGAAUCUUUAGAACUAAAAUUUAGUACAUCAAGACUUUAUAUACAGCUAGAAAAUUUGUUUAAUGGAGAUCAAUUAUUAGGAAAUAAUAUGAACAUGUUUAUGAAUCAAAAUUGGAGGGAAAUUUUGAAGGACCUUCAACCUGCAUUUGAAUCAGCUUUAGGGAUGGCAUUUCAGUCAGUCACUCAUCAGUUUUUCCACAAAGUACCAUAUGAUAAAAUAUUCAACUAAAUAGAAUUAUAUUUCUUAGCUAUUUUUAUGUAAUAAUAGGUGUGUUAAUAUUUAUAUAUUUAUUUAAUUUUUUACG